UAUAAAAAGUGUGGUUAUGUUUAGCUUUUUGAAUUUUAUUUUUUAAUUAAUUAAAUAUACUUGCAAUUGUGCAUAAAAUACUAAAUAAUAAGCUUGACUUUCAUACGGAUGGACUAAACAUGAGUGAAUCGGGUUCUGAUGAUGAAAAUGUAAUUCGAUAUGGAACUCCACUCGAACCUUUCGAAGAAGAUGAAGUCCCCUCCAAGAGGAAGUAUCAGCAGCAAACAGAUCAGUAUGCGGUGGAUGAUCACGGACGGCGCAGGUUCCAUGGAGCCUUCACUGGAGGCUUCUCGGCUGGAUUCGGCAAUACAGUGGGCACUGCCGAAGGAUGGACACCUAGUAGCUUUAAGAGCUCUCGCAUGGAGAAGGCGCAAGCUUCAAACCAAAAACCAGAAGACUUCAUGGAUGAAGAAGACCGCUCAGAGUUUGGCAUAGACCCACGACACAUGCAGACUAACCAGGAGUUUUCAGGCCAGAAGAGGUCCAGGCCACAACGAUUUCACGAUGGGCCCAUUCCUGGUGAGCCAGUGUUAGAGCAGCUAGUCCGAGCGGUGCAUGAAACUGCAGCGGUGAAGAUGCUGCGUAAAAUGGGCUGGAAGGAGGGCCAGGGGGUGGGGGACCGACUCACCCGCAGCGAGAAAAAGAAGAAUAAAGAACAGCACAAAAUCUAUGGCUGCUACAUGCCACCUGAAAUGAGACAGGAUACCACACAGUCUUCAGAGAGCUCAGAUUCAGAAUUUGAGUAUGAAGCACUAUUUGCUCCAGACGAUUAUGAACCUUAUCUGCUACAGAAGAAGAGCGAUCGCUUCGGUUUAGGCUACAAGGGGUUAAGUCGCCACUCAGUGUUGGGCAAUUUAGGCAGCAAUGAAGGUAGUCAUUUGGUUAUGAAGGAGAAAGGGAAGAAGGUAUCGAUCCGCGGUCAAGCGUUCGGCGUGGGCGCUUUCGAGGCAGAUGACGACGACAUCUAUGCGUCCGAAGACAUGUCGCAUUACGACUUUGCUCUAGGAAACCCCGCCGAGAAGACCAACCCUAAGAAAAGUGUUGACAAGGGAACCAAUGUGAUAGAAGGAUUCGUCAAGGCAUCAAAGCCAAUGCCUCCAGUGCCGUCCUACCCCGCUCCAGCUCUCCCCCGGGACUAUGCGCCCCUCGCCGCUGGCAGCAGACGCUCCAGAUUCGAACCCACUACUGCCCCACAAAGAGAUCAAGGUCUAGGUAGACACGAGCUCACAGCGGAAGCGCGAGGUGCUUUACUAGGGGAAGUACCUUUGCCCAAAACAAAGGAACCAGAUUCACCUGCAGGGACACAAGAAAACACACAGACAAACUUACAGACGCCGAAACAAACAGAAAUGUCUAAACUCUUUAAAAGUAUCAACUUUGUAUCACCAAACACGGAACCCAAAUCUUCGCCUGACUUCAUAUCUAUAAAGGAUUCCGGCAAAGAACUCGUGCCAAAUAUGUUCAAGCCCUUCGCAAGCGAUCCGCUAAAGCAGUCGCGAUACGAAAUGUACUUGCGGGACAAGGACAGCGUCAUGUUGGAGAGAGAAAGAGAAGCGGACAGACUGAGCGAGUGGGAGAGGAAUAGAGAAAUGGUGGAGUUCGAGCAGGCGGCGAUAUUGUAUAGACCUCUGAGCGGUGCUAUGGGUGACAGGUUCACACACGCGUCAGAACCCGACGACGCAGUGAACCCGCUGUGUGCGGUCGCCAAAAGUUCCGUCAACCGCGGUCUAGCCACUCCGGAACAGAUCGAGGCGGCUAAGCUAGGCGCUUACGGCGCUAUGACGAGAACGGAAACAACAUGGCGGCCGGAAGCGAUCGUUUGCAAACGAUUCAAUGUCCCAGAGCCAGGAGGGACAAGAAUCGAACCGAAAAAAGAUGGCAAGCCGAAUAUCUCGUAUUCCGUUUUCUCAUAUCUGGAAUCUUCUGUACACGACAAAGAAAGCUUCACUAAAGAACAGAGCAAAUUCGGUGGAUCUAAAUCAUUAAAUUUCGAAAACAAAAGAGAUAUAAAUCUGACUAAUAAUAAUAGAGAAAAACAAAAUAACAAUACAAAUACAGCAAAUAUAAAUAUAGCAACAACUAGUCAAACGUACAAUGCUUCUGAUACUCCUAAAAUUGAAGUAACUUCUAAUAAAAGAAUGACAGUAGUAGACCUAUUUCUUAAAGAAUUCGAUAAAGAUUUGCAAAAUAAACAACAAGGUGUUGAAGUGGCCGAAACCAUAGAGAAGUUUGACAAAAUCGAUCUUUAUAAGGCAAUAUUUCUUAGUGAUACUGAAAAUGAGGAAGAAAACGAUGAAAUUAAUACAAGUAAUGCGGAAAGUAAUGAUUUUCUUGUAAAACCGAAGAAUGUUGAACGUAAUACUUCACCACCAAGAGGUAUUUUUGCUAAUAUCGAUUUUGAUGAAAUCAACGCUUGGAGACGACCUGAUAAAGAUAACUAUAGUGUUAAUACUGAAACAGUUGAAAAUAAUAAAACCGAAACUGAUCAAAAGAAUGAAAAUAAUGAGUUAAAUGAUGCACCUAAAGAAAAAGUAGAAGGAAUGACGUCAAACGCAAUACAAGAAGAAACUUAUGGACCAAAAAUACCUGAAAAUCUCCAAAAGAGAUUACAAUCUGAAACACCAGAUGAGAAAAAAGAAUUCAAGCCAAUUUUCACAAAGAAAACCAAUUUGGAAGAAGAUUCGUCAUCAAGCUCAGACUCUUGGGUGGAAAUCAAAUCUAAAUCGAAGAAAGAAAAGAAAAAGAAAAGCAAGAAGCAUAAAUCAAAACACAAGAAAGCUAAACAUAAGAAGAAAUAUUAGGUUAAAUUAAUUAAUUUAAUUUGUAAAUGUUUUAAGUUACUUUUGGUAUAAAUGUCGCGGGCAAAUUGGAAAACAGUGUACACUCCUGGCCAUUGUGUAUAAUGCUGAGGUGUUAACUGUUCGGAGUACUGUGCAAU